AUAGAAGCUUUCACAGAAACUCUGAGCUACAAUUUUCCUCUCUCUCUCUCUCUCUCUGUCUUUUUCUCUCUUUACUUGUGGGAAGUGCUUGUCUGCAUGAAUUCUCCCCACAUGGAAAGUUAAAAUAUGUUAUUAAAGGUUAGUGUAGUCAACCCCUGGCAAGAGUGCUGCAACUAGACAAAACCCGCACUGUGCUGUGUUCCUGUGGGAUCUGUUUCACUUUCUGAGUUCUCUACGCAGUGCAUGAAGGGAGUCCUUUCAAGAACUCUGGUUCGCAAAGUGAGUAAAUGACCAUUCUGGGACUCUGUGCUCGGUCAGGCAGCUGAGUUUGCAGUAGCCUGUUUAAUCUCAGGGAAUUUGAUUCACUUCCAGUAGUGUGAAGUAAAGAAACACAGAAUGGUUGCCUUUCUGCAAGUUCAUGCUGGAAAAUCAUGAGGAGUGUCCCAGUGAUAAGACCUCACUCAUGGCAUCUCGCCAAGUUGUCAGAGGUGCAGACUGAAACCUCAACCAGCAUCAUGCACUUUCCUCCGGAUUCUUUCAGUUUAUCAUGGCACUCGGGUUGUGAGACCAGUGACCUUUCUAUGCAGUGGAACCAGCUUUCUCACCAUUGCAGCACCGACCGAAGCAGUUCUCUUGGCAGCAUGGACAGCUUAGACCAGCCUGGCCAGAACUGCCAUGAGGAGAGUUUGUCCCUCGUCGAUCAAAGUGUUUACCAGAACAAAAGAGACUCUGCCUAUAGCUCUUUCUCUGCAAGUUCUAACACGUCUGAUAAUACUCUACCAAUGAAACAUGAUAUUUCUGCCUCAGUGGACAAUGUUCUACACGGUUUGGGCCCUCACAAAUACACAAGUGGUAACUACUAUCAGACUAGCAAAAUCACUGUUGAUGACCCUGAAGAUAUUGGGUCUGCUUCUUCAUCUGGGAAUUCGGAGCAUAGUUCCAGGUCUUCUUCAUUGAGCUAUGAUCAGGGGAUUACUACAAGUUCAUUAAGGGUUCCUCCUCGGCCUCCAGUUAGAAGGGACAGUCUCAGAGCAGCUAAGCAUAGGCCUAUAUCUCUGUAUGCAGAGAAAGGAAAGGUUUCAUCCCCUACGGACAUGUUGCCUCUUACUGGACGUUGGACAUCCGAUACCUUGUUGUCACUGAGAAAUAAAGAAGCAGAGGGCAAAGAAACUGAUGACCUCAACUGGCAUUGUAAGCCUUCUUGCCGCUCAAAUGUUACCAGUGUAAAAGACAAUCCCUUAUCUGGCCACUUUUACAGACACAAUUCACAUGUAGACACUUGUCAACUGCAUACAGAAGCAGUAGUAAAUAAAGAUCGGCCCUACCCUGAUGGCUACAGUCAGGAAACUUUAAAACAAGAGCAGGCAACAGACGAUUCAUCUUGUAAUGAAUUCUGCAGUGCUGCUAAGGUAGUGGAUGGUUCAUCUGUGGAAACUCCCUUAAGUGACUGUGGUACACCCUCAUUAUUGGUUCCAGAACACUUGCACCCACAUCCCGCACAUAGACACAGCGCUCCCGAACAGCUGUUGUCCGCCCAGCUAAGUUUGCUGUCAGUAGCAGUUAACACUAAAGGUGUUUCUGAAGUGCAUUGUACAAAAGAUAGUCGUGACUGGACAGUCUCUCCCUUGCAUUCUCCAGUCCUAGAUCACAAUUGUCCAAAGGAUAGAAAGAGUUCUCAAGAGCAGCUCUUUGAAGAAAGUACCUCACUUACUGAAGAUAAACAGCAGAGGACAGCUUGUAUGUGGAAAGUACCAGAUGUUGUGAUUGGUAAUGUCAAAAAAGAUAUGAGAAGAGAAAACUCUAACAAAUAUUCAAGUGGUCAAACAUAUGGUAGGACACAUAAGCAACAAAAUGACUUGGAAACUACCUUUAGUGUCCCUGGUAAGUCAAAUGUUUAUAAAGAGGACUCUCCUCCAUUAUCAUCAUCAUCCUCAUCACGUCACCUCAGUGAGAGUCGCACAGCAUCAAGACCGGAGUGUAGUACAGAUCCAUUAGAAGAAGAGGCCAAAGAUCAGGUCAACAUGUCAAGAGUCACAAAGAAGCGACCUGCCCAUUUUAGGACAGCCAAGAUGCGGCAUAGAAGUGAUCGUUUUGCUACAAAUCUACGUAAUGAAAUCCAAAAGAGGAAAGCUCAGCUGCAGAAGAACAAAGUCUCAUCUGCUUUGCUUUAUGGUGAAGAGACAGUGGAGGAGGUGAAUGAGGUAGCUGAAUACACUGCCUCCUCUGAAAGUUUAACUUCUAGUGUGGAGGACACUGGUUACACAAAGGUUCUAACUUCUAAUCCUUCAGAAGACCUGAAUGAGAUCACAACUGACCAAGAACUUAAACUUAACAGAACUGAAAGGUACCAGGUUUUAGAAGACAAUGUACCACAUUCUUCUGGCGUACAGUGCAAAGCACCUUCUCCUUUUCCAGAAACAGUAUGGAAAGCUCCUUCUCCUCCUCCUCCUCUUCCUGCUUCUCCUUCCUCACCAUCACCACCACCUCCUCCUCCUCCUACAAAACCAGCUCCACAUAAGACUGCUCCUCCUGUUUAUCCCAAAACUGGGAGGUGUAAGAUUUUAACAGAACAGAUGUUGCAAUCUCAGAUAAACAGAGAAACGAAAACCAGCUCAGAAAAAUUGGCAGAGGACCUCCAGAGGAGCUCAAGUACUCCACAAACUUCAGCAGAAACUGUUCUGUUACCCUUUGAAGCAAGGAAGAAAUUUUUUGAAGAAAGCAGCAAAAGUUAUUCAACUUCCCAUCUGCCUAGCCUACAUUUGCAACAGAACAAACCUGUAUAUGGCCAAGAACAUGACUCCAGCUCUUGGCAGCCUCCAAUGUCAAAUGCUUGGGGUCUGAGAAGACGAUCAGUGGAUCACAUAUACCAUCAGGAAUCAUUUUCUGGCUUUAAUGCCACUCCCUACAGUGAUGACCCUUCUCUGGCUCAAGGCCCAGAACACCUAAUGUACUACACUCAAGGAAAAAGCCACAGUAAACCUGAGUGCUGUAGGUGUGCAGGCCACUGCAUUCAUGGCGUAGCAAUGCAUGGUUCUGAUCUCUGCUGUAGUGGUACGGUGUACUCUGCACCUUGCAAAAGGAGUAUCUGUCCUUCCAGUCAUUAUUUAAUGAGUAGAUCGAUCAGCUGCUGCUGUCCUUCCCAUUCAACAGUGAUGGAAGAAUAUAACCCCAUGAGAAAUGUCCAUCUUAUGCGCCGAGAGAUGUUAGUGCAGGAAAUUCCAAUGAAUGACUGGGAAGAGGCGAAUAUAAACAGGACGUUUGUCAGGCCUGAGAGUGACAUGGCACAUUACAAGAUGAGUUUCCCAGCAGGCACCUCAAUGCGGCAGUGCUGUGAACCUUUUGAAAAGAAGUGGACUCAUCACAGAACGCGCUCAGCAGCUGACCCAUCUUUUGAGUGGAGCAGGCCUUGUAGGACUGAUGGGGAAGUUCAUGAUGACUCCAUGAUAAACAUGGUUCAGCCCCCACUACGAGGUAGGGCCUUUUCUGAGAGCAAUCUGGGUUGUGCUGUACAGAAGUUCAGAAGUCAAGAUGAGAGAAAGCCUGUAUUGGCUAAGGUAGAGGAAAACAGGACUGUGCAGUUGCCUGCAGGGAAAAAAAAAGGUCCACCUCCACCUAGACCUCCACCUCCAAACUGGGAAAAGUAUCGAGCGCGACAAGGAUCACAACACAACUUGAAUACAGUGGGCUGUUCCAGCUCUGCAGCAGCAUUUCAGACAUGUGAAGGACACACUGAUGCUCCUCGGUGGGUUGACCACUGUACAUCAGAUGUGGAGGUUGUCAAGCAGCGGUCACAGAGCCUUCCUAUUUCAAAACCAAGUGAAAGUCAUGUCAGGCAUGCUGAAGAAAUGUGCUGCCGUUCAGCUUGCUCAUGUCCACGGUUGUGCGAAGUUCACUCUUCUGAGUGUUUACAUUUGGAAAUGCCUUCAGUUUCACACAAAUGUUGCAAUUCAGGAAGGAUACUUGAGCAAUGUCUGCCAAUGGAGACUGAUUUUACUGCAAGGGCUGAUAUUUCGUAUGGAGGAAGAGAUGGAAGCCCAGAAGGUGAUGAGAAUAGUUCGUUGGGAGAGGAAAGUAGUUUUUCAAGUGAAAUUGCCUCUGUGUGCAAAGAGUUUGAAAAGAACUGCCAAAGCCCUGGAGAAUCCUACUUUACAAUGAACAGUCCUGAUAAUAUGAUAUCAGUUAGCAAACUGGGGGAUUUGGGUACCACAGUGCUACCCUUGGUAUCCGUAAAUGACUUACACAGACCAGAGGUAACUUUUGUCAGAGAUGAAAUGGUGGAAAAGCCUCGGCCAGUGAUGCUGCCUAAGCAGCCGGGUCAUAUGUCAUCUGAGGAACUUAUGCGAGUUGUUGCAAAUAGUGAUCGCUCUCUGGCAGGGAUUCUGAAUCCAGGUCCCCAGGUAAUGGCAAGUGACCUAGUGGGUGACAUUUUCCAGAAAAGCACUAAUGAGCUGCCAGGCUCAAGAGAGCAAGAACAGAAGUGGAAUGCAGAGGAUGUGCCUUUUCAACAGGAAAGGCGCACAUUUGAGGUCGUAUCUCCUGUUUCUGCAGGCUCUGCCAGUCCAACAUCCUGCUCUGCCUACUAUAACAUAUCCACUGCCAAGGCAGAACUGCUGAAUAAGAUGAAAGAGCUGCCAGAGGAAGAGGAGGAAUCAGAAGAGGAAAUAGAGGAUGAACUUACUCUAAAAAAGCAACAGUUGAUUGACAGCUUGAGCAGAAAACUCGCAGUACUACAAGGGGCUCAGAAGGGCUUGCUAGAAGACAUCAGUGCCAACACAACCCUGGGAGAAGAGCUGGAAGUGCUACUCAAAAAGUGCUGUAAGGCCAAUGAGUUUGAGAAAUUCCGAACAUUCAUUGGCGACCUUGACAAAGUUGUGAAUCUUCUGUUGUCUCUCUCGGGACGGCUUGCCAGAGUGGAGAAUGCCUUAAAUAGUUUGGAUCCAGUCUCUGGCCAAGAUGAACAGUUUGCACUGCUGGAGAAGAAGAAACAGCUUUCAGAGCAGCUUGAGGAUGCUAAGGAGCUGAAGGAACAUGUGAGCAGUCGAGAACGUGUGGUGUAUGACAUCGUUGCCAGAUACCUAACAGAGGAGCAGCUCCAGGACUAUGAGCACUUUGUGAAGAUGAAGUCUGCUCUUAUCAUUGAGCAGAGAGAGCUUGAGGACAAGAUCCGCUUGGGAGAAGAGCAGCUCCGGUGUCUCAAGGACAGCCUUACCACAAGCCAAAGAGGCUUUUAAGAAGCAAACAAAAAUGACUUGCCGGCAAGUCUAGCCCUCCAGGAUGUUUGUUUGUGGAGGACACUGUCAUGUGGUUGUUACUGACUGUUCUGCUCCGAUGAUAAUAAAGUUGAAUGUCUGAAGUGGGCAUGUAGUAUGUGAUGUAAACAAAAAUGUUAAAAGUAUUUUGGGUAUUGGCUGCAAUGCUACAUUUGGUCCUGUCACUUUACAUUUUCAUGUCUGUAGUAAAAGAUUCCCAAAUUUGGUCGUAUUUAUACUAUAUCAGGGUCUCCACUAUAAGUAGCCUAACCAUUGGAGUGCCACAGGACCAACUGUUUGGCAGCUUGUUAGAGGGGCACGCACAGUGAAUAAGUAUUCACUGGGAAGUACAGGUACCUGAACAAGGAAUAUUGCAGUUGUAAAAGAGAUCAGAAAAUUGUAUGUCAUUCUUUUUUUAAGUAAAAAAAAAAGUUAAGUGGUUUUGUUAUAAUGUGGUAUAUACGUUGAGUAGGGAAGGUUUAUCAUGGACACAGGUUGGUUCAAGCCUGAAGGUGUGCUUUGCAGGUGUGACAAGGCUGGUUCUUUGCAGGUGUGACAAGGCUGGUUGGUCCUUCUCUAGCUUAGUUGCGCAGGUCUGCAGGGCUGGUUUGUCCUUCUCUGUCUUAGUUGUGCAUGCCAUGUGAGUCAAUGUACAGAUGACCGAAGCGGGUACUGUACAUGCUAUUGAUGUAGGCAUGUGUGAAUCAGCCCUUCCAAAAAUAUAAGUGCUAACAAAGUAAAACUUAGAAGAAGAAAGAAGCAUGCACCAGAUUAUUGAUUUACAUAUUGCUUUGACCCCAGAGCAGAGGAGGGGCACUCUCCUCAUCUGCCUUAUUCUCUAUUGACUUCUCAGAAGUUAUUCAUUUCCACAUUUCAGGCUUUGACGUUGACAAGCAUGUGAAUUUGGAAAUAGCUUGAAGGUCCUUCUGUCAUAGCUCUGCACGUUGUCCCUUUGUAAGCAAGUUUCAGGGAAGGGUCCAUUUUGUACACUGUUCAAGGGCCAUGUACGACUGCUAGAAAAUGAAUGCCAUGUCUAGUACUUGUCUAGUAACUGAAAGUGGAGCUCUGGAAACCAACAAGAGUUUCCAGUUUUCAAAUUCUGAACAUUUGCCUUUACAGGAAAUGCAGUUUAGAAGAGUAUUGUUGGUUGAGAGAUUGUUUCUGGUUCUGUUACUAAGCUCAGGCAAUUAUAGAGAGCAUGAAAUUGGGAGGGGGUGCUGAAUACUUUAUACAUUACUGUACACUUUAUUUAUUGCACUCUGUGUAACUUCACGGCACAUUUCAUAACUGUUUUAACAAAAAAUACUUUUAAUGGGUAUCUGUUUUUUUGUUUUUUUAGGCACCAAAGUGCAUUUUGUAAAGGUUACAUAUGCAAUAUCUUCAUUGGCAAUCACUGUUACUAAUCCGUAACAUAUGCACAUACUAAUUACUAGUGAGAAGGACCAAUUAUAUUGUAUGUCUUAUGAAUACAUAAUGCUGCAAAGGAGUCGUAUAACAUUUUGUACUUGAACUGUCUUUACUUUUAUACUCAUUUUUGUAACCGUAUUCUCCCUGAUGAAUAAUAAUUGCAAGACUCGCUUUUCAUCCUCAUUGUAGAAAGGAUAUUUAGUAUCCUGAAGCUUUAAGUAAAAAUGAUGCAAUGCUCAAAGGAAGGAACAGAAUGUUCAGAGCUUAUCUAUGUGAAUCUUGCAGAAAGCAAAGCCUCGGUUUUUGUUUAUUUUUUAAAGCAGUGAUUUCUGUUAAAGCCAUAAAAAAAUGCAGUGACCAAGUGCCUGUCCCUUAUUUUGCACACUACAACUAUUAGUUUCAACGUUUGUUUUAAUUGUAUAGUUUCUGAUACUGUAAAUUGUUUGUUUAUUGUAUAUUGUGGUUCCUACUAAUGUUUUACUAUGCCAAAGACAAACGCUGGACUUUUUAACUAAGUAAACUGGAUUUAGCCAAAAAAAAAACUACAAGGUGAUGGAGUGAAGCUGCUUUUAGCAACUGCAAUUAUUUGUAUGUGUUUAUAUAUAUAUAUAUAUAUAUAUAUAUAUAUAUAUAUAUAUAUAUAUAUAUAUAUAUGUGUGUGUGUGUUUGAACAAUACCUUACUCACUAACUAGGUACAUUACAAGUAAAAGUAGGCUAAGGCUGGAUGUUUGGUGAGAAGCAGCAAAUUAUGGAAAGUAAAACGCAAUAGAUAAGGUAAAUUCUGAUAUUUCUGAAGCCAGAAAAGACUAAUUGUUGUAAAACCACAUUCCUCAAUACAGAUUUUGUAUCUAUUUAUAUAUUUUAUAUAUACUGUUUAUAUACUACAAGGAGAGAUUAUGUAUUCUGUUUUAAAACUGUGCUAGCUCUUCUGUGCAUAGAUGUAUUUAAUUGUUUAAAGUGAUAUGGAUAUUAGGUUUGCUAGUUUGCUUUAUAGCUUGUUAUAAUUUGAUAUGGAGAAAUUGUUAUAUGAAUUGCAUAUUUUAUUGUAGACACAAAAUCAUCAGUAAAGCAGGUCACAUUUGCCAUAAUAAUGCUGCAGCAACAUUGACUGUUUUCUUCAUGGGAAUAAUGUCCCUCAGGUAAUAUUAAGUGCAUAAUGUAAUUAUUUUGGAGUCUUUAAACCUCAUGACCAUGCUUCAUUCAUCAUUUGCAUAACUGGAGGAUGUUUCCUUUUUUAACAUGCUCAGGGGUACAGCUUCUUAGGCGCAAAUAUUCAGUUAUUAAAAUUAAAUUGCCCUGCCUACUCAGCUAUUGUGAUUUUGCAGAGACUUGUCCAGUUUCAAUACAGAUCUCUCUCCUGUACUACGUUUGGGCUUUUUGUGCUUUGAAAUGUAGUCUAGUCCUCAGUGAGAAUGUUUUGGUGCUAAUAUGAAAGGAUGCUGGGUUUAUCAUAAAUGUAGUCUGGUCUUCACAUUACAGUAAGUCUGAUUCCAGGAUUCCAGGCAAGAAUGCAAAAUCAUGAAACUUCCUUGCAGGCAAGGGACACUUGUGUAAUGACAAAAAUAGUUAACUAAUGGAUUGUAAAAAAAAAAAAAAAAAAAACGAUUAGUUAGCCAUACUUCAUUUUUUAUAUAGAACGGUUAGUUUUCAGCCUCUACCAUCCUGAGAAUGUUGAACAUCUGAUGAAUCUAUUUUUAAUUGGAGUCCAAGACCACUUUGCAUGACUGGAUUUUUCUAAAUGUCUGUUGUCUGAUACAAGAGGUUUAUUAUGUGUUAUGGCUGUAAUACAUGGUUACUCUGAUUUACACCUACACUUGUAGUGUUUCUUUCUGUUGUUUAGUGGAGUAGAUUUACCCAAUCUGGUUAGUUAGGUGGUUACCUUUUCUUCUUUUCCAGCUCUGCCCUUCUCAGUUCCAGAGUUAUAGUUUGUUAUAGCAGGAUGCCAUUUACUGAGUAGAAGAGGAACGUUUUUCUAAUUAAAAGUAUACCAGCAACUAAAACCACUAAAGAGAUUCUUAGUUUUGCUCCAGAAAAUCAAAAUGUUCUGUUGCAAAACAUGACAUUCGGAAGUCCAAGGCAGAAAAAAAAUUGACAGCACCUUCUCCUGUUUUGCUACCCAUGUCCCCGUGCCCUCAGAGCCCCGUAGGGGGACCUCCCUCCGAUCCCGGCUGGCCCCGCGGAACUCCCCCCGGCCGCAGAGGCGCAGAUCCGCUCUCAUCGGGACUUCCGCGGCCCUACGUUUUCCCGUCCAGAGGGGUUCCGGGCACUUUGCGAUAUUUCGAGGAUGCCAUCGGGAAUCCGGGGAGGUCGGACGCCUUCCUCUUGCCGGGCCGGAGCUCUCGGGGUCCCGCGGACUCCCGCAGGUCACUCCCUUGAGGACUUUUUUACAUUACUUGUGCACACAGUUUGUCUUUUAUUUCAUUCUCCUUUUUUUGCUUUGCUUAGAUGGCAGAUUCAGCCUUGUGUUUUUUGAAUGUUGUCUUCCUUCUUAAGCUGUCCAUAAACUUCCAGUUUUCAAAUUUAGCUUACCUUUCCAAAUGUACAUGACCCAUACAUCCGUUUCACUACUGCUCUGAAGCAUUCACUCCCAGGGUAAUGGUGAAGAGAUGAGCUAGUAAUCGGCAACGCUGUAAUUAGUAGUUAGUGCCCCAAGUAGACAUUUCAGGUACAGGAUAUCAAGAUUUAAUGCCCUCUGAGAGUUUUGAUAGGUACUUUAUGUCAGACUAAGCUUACUACAGUAAUAACACUAAAUGCAAAGUCAGACAAGCUGACAUUGACUGGAUGUGUUAUAGCAUGUAUUUUAAAUUUCUAUUUUCCCUUUGGUUAGAUAAUUAAUCAUAAUUUUAUGAAUAUUCUGUAUUUUCCUGUGUUUUUUUGAACCAUUGUUUGUCUCCACUCAUUUCCUGUGAAUUUGCUUAUUAUAUAGGAAGAAAGCAUUUAAUUGAAAGGUACCACAUCGACCUGUAGUUCCAGUUCAUUUAAUUGGAAUGCAUUUAGUCAAUUUGUGCAUAUCACUGCUAUGUAAGUAAAUGGCAAAAGAUUCACGUGUACCUUUCACUUUCACUGCAGUGUUAAGCUGGUGUUCUGCUGAUGUGUAAUUGAAUGGCAGUGAAUAUAUGUGUGCAGUUCACUGCAAGGGCAAUGGUUCAAACAGUGGUCUUGUCAAGUCAUGAGAGAGUGGGAUAAUGGAUUUAGUUCUUUUUCUCAUUGUAGAGUGAUGUUAGAAUAUAUUUAAAGUUGUUGCCUUAAAUGUGACACUUCAGAGGCUGUGCCGUAACACAGAAGCUGGGUGGUUGUCUUCACCUCUCUUGUUUAGAAUCACAUAACUAUAUCCUGGAAGGAGGAAACUUGUCUCUGUUCAUAGGCCUCGUCAGUCCCAUGUAGUGCUGCAGAAUGUGCUUUCCUUAUAUGGAAUUUCUUCAGCCAUUCAGAUGCUACGAACUAUGAAAGUAUAGCACAGAGGGUUAAGGCUGAGAGCUGCUGAUGAGGCUCAUCAUUUAGUUUUGGGUUUGAAUCCAUCAGUCUCCAUAUUGUUACUGGGUGACAGAGAGCAUGUCCGUGGACAAGGCAGUGUGCCCAAAUCACCCUAGAGAAAGUGUAUUUCUGUCUACUGGGGUUGUCUCAAUAAAUAAAUGGUGGAAAGAGAGAGAGAGAAAGAUCUCACAGGAAACAAUCCUUCGAGAAGUUCCUUUUGCAGUACUUUCUGAUGACCAGGUUUGAUGGAGAGGUUAGUGUUGCAUUCUUGACCUGUAACUGUUCAGUUAAUUUGCAGUUCAAAUUUCUGCUUCGUUAGCCUGGCUAGACUUCAUUUUCUGCAUGGUUCCUUAUUGUGCUUCUUUAGCUUCCAUGUUUGUUUCAGUAGCUUUGGAAGGGGAUAGGCAUUGGAACAUGCAGCCAUUCCUUGUCUCAGUAUUCAGUUAUAUCUGUGCUUUCUGGCUGUCUGACAUAGGAGGCUCAUUAUAAGGCAUGGAAUAAUUUCAGUAAAGUACUCUUGGGCAUUUUCUUUGAUAUCAUUGUCUUGGUUCUGCUGACUUAGUCCUGGUCUUGCCUUGAACUAGAUUUUUCUGAAAGUGUCUGGCACUUUCCAGUUGUCUCAUCAGAGGUCACUGUUUGGAUACUGGCAUCUUUAGGGCAAGGAUGACCCCAGAGAACCCUUUAAUGCCAAAGUGACAGGUCUAAAACUGACUGGGAGGAAUAGGGAUAUGACCUCUGAAGUGUCACAUUGUUAAUGGCAAUAACUUUAAAUAUACUCCAUGAAGGGCAGCUGAAUUAAAGGAAUUCUGAACUGUCAGAGCUGGAUUAUUUUGCAGUAUACAUGGGUUGCUGUAAUGGAAUGUUUCUCAGACUCUUGGAGAUUUUCUUUGAUAUCAUUGCAUUGGUUGUGCUGACUUAGUCCUGGUCUUGCCCUGAACUAGAUGGUUCUGAUAGUGUCUGACAAUUUCCAGUUCUCUCAUUAGAGGGCACUGUUUGAACACUGGCAUCUUUAAGGCAAGGAUGACCACACAGAACCCAUUAAGGAUAUUGUGACAGGUCAAAAACUGAGUGGGAGGAGUAGGGAUAUGACCACUGAAGUGCCGCAUUUUUUAUGGCAGCAACUUUAAAUAUACUUCAUCAAGGAAAGUUUGGUCAGAGUAAUGCUAAAGUAUCAGAGCUAGGUUAUUUGGCAGUAUAUAGAGGGUGCUGUACCAGAAUGAUUGUGAGUCUUAGGGCUCAGCCUAGAAGAUAUUGAGGGGUUGCUGUUCUUAGGGUGAGUACAAGCAGCAGACUAAGGAGGCAUGAAAAUAAUUUGGUACACUUUCCAGUAUGUGUGCCGUCUGGCACACUGACAUGUGGGCUGCAAUAUGUUUGGAAAAUAUUGUCUCACAUUGGACCCAGGAGAUUAUUAUCUGGUGAUGAACAAGAAUUCUUGCUGCUUCUCAGUAGCAUUAUUGUCUUUGUGGAAGAGUGAUGCAGUUCCAUGCAUGGUUAUGUCUGCCCCAUGCUGUGGCAAGCAGCCACAUCACUAUAACUGUAACUGUAAUUUUCAGCAAAUUCACCUUAUGCAAAUUCUGCUCAUUCACUUUUACCCUUUACUUCAUCUUCACAGUAUUUUGAACCGAAAGGCACAAAAGGCAGUGGUGAAUAUGAAAGAUUUAUACAGUUUUGCCUCUUUCCAGCUGGGAUAAGUUAUGUAUUUAGAGUAGUUGCAGGUAUCCCUUCCUCAUUUAGUCAUGAGAGCCUCUAAAAAAAUGAAUGUCUAACUGCCUCCCUCAUAAAACAAAAUCCUUAUACAUGUCUUGAUAACUUGAUAUGUACAUUUUGAAACCUUUACAUAAUGAAGUAACAUUUAAUGAGCCUCAUACUACGAGUGUUGGUCAUCUCAGGUCUUUGUCCUUAGAGAAGUUUCUUUUAUAAAUCAUCUGAUAAAGCUUGUUAAAUCAAAUGUAUAAGUCAAAAAUUAAAGCAUUUGGUAUGCAAGUUAUUCCCAGUUUUGUCCCACAAAUGUUUAUCUACCAUUUGUUCUUUUACGUUCUCUGCAAAAUUGUGAGAGUGAAGGAAAAGAUUUACUAACCAGAAGUGUCCAGCUCUCCAUCUAGAAACCUGAAGGAAGUUGAAAGUCCCCUCAAAAUGCAAAAUAUUAAACAGUAAUGGGCCUUGACAAUCUAGAUGCAAUGUGUCUAGUUUGGUAACAGUGUUUGAAUGCGUAAUUAGCCUCGGGCAUAGUGAGGCCUAGCUCCUUAAGCAUGAAGGGAUGUGGUUUCAUGUACAGUAUACAUUGUUUUACAAUGUUACUUUCUUCCUAUGGCAGUUUGAUUUUAAAAACAAGUAUCUAAUAACCUUCCUGUCUCUUGUCCCAGAAGGUAGUACUAAAAUUGUUGACUAUUUUCCUAAAUAUUACACAGAGGAUAUAAAAGUAAAAGUAAUGUGUUUUGAGAAAUAUUAAGGACUUGUCUCAUAAAGAGGGGGUUAAACCAUGGCAAGCUUCAGGUGAUGCCACACUGUGUACCCCUUAUUUCAGGUUAUACGUACAUUCUAAUGUUUUGAUGUAAACAAUUGGCUUUUUUUAGAAUUUAAAAUGGAAAACUGAAAUGUACAAACUGUGAAUAAUUUAUUGUUUCUAUUUUGUAAAUAUGUAAUAACAGCUUUCUAAAUGCUCCGGUCCCUGUAAACACUAAUGUGGUUGCAAAGAAGUGUAAUUUUUAUCAAGUUGUUUUAUUUUUGUUGUUUUAAAAAUUUGUACUUACUAUGCAAAAUAUUUUGGGAUUUUGUAAUAGCUUUGAAUCAAAUGUUCUUUAUGAGAGACUCAGCAGUCCACAACCAGAAGAUGUGAUGAUGUCUCUCAGAAAUGGUUUGAUGAAAACCAGGAGCAAUUUGAGGUAGUAUAAUUGAAUCGCAGAAACACAGUUAUAAAUUCUUAUGAAGGUCACUGCUUUAACUCCAUUUACUGUGAUGCAGUAGCUUGCUUUUGUGGAAAGGAAUCCUCAGGACCCUUCCUGAAAUAGUAUUCAAACCAAAAAAUAAUUGACAUAUUUACAUUCUGUACCCUGAAAAAAUGUUUUAGAACAGAAUCAUUACUCUUCUGAAAAGUUAUACUGGACAAGUCCUUAAACAAUAAAAUCUGAUGUCUCAUAGCUUGCCA